AAACCCAAACACACACAUACACAAACAAAGCAUCCCCAAAAAAAUCACAUUCCCUCCUCCUCUCAGAUCUGCAUUUCUCCUCCUCCACCCAAUGAAGCCCUCUUCGUUGGUCUCCGCGGCCGCGCUCGCGGUGGUGGUCCUCCUCAGCGUAGCCUCCGUGCAGGCCGCCUUCGACGACCAGGUCUCGGCGACGCCGGCGCUGGUCAAGAAGGUCAAAGGAAAGAAGGUGUGCGACAAAGGGUGGGAGUGUAAGGGAUGGUCUCAGUACUGUUGCAAUCUCACCAUCACUGAUUUCUUCCAGACUUACCAGUUCGAGGAGCUUUUCUCCAACCGGAACGCGCCCGUGGCUCACGCCGUUGGGUUCUGGGACUACAAGUCCUUUAUUCUCGCCGCAUCGCUUUUUCAGCCUCAGGGGUUUUGCACCACCGGCGGGAAGCUUAUGCAGAUGAAGGAGCUCGCAGCUUUCCUCGGACAUGUCGGCAGCAAGACCUCUUGUGGUUACGGUGUGGCCACUGGAGGACCGUUGGCCUGGGGACUUUGCUAUAACAGGGAAAUGAGUCCCAUGCAGUCAUACUGUGAUGACUUCUACAAAUACACAUAUCCUUGCACUCCUGGAGCUGAAUACUACGGUCGCGGAGCUUUGCCUAUUUACUGGAACUACAAUUACGGUGCAGCUGGGGAAGCAUUGAAGGUUGAUCUGUUGAAUCAUCCAGAAUAUAUUGAGCAGAAUGCUACUCUUGCCUUCCAGGCUGCAAUAUGGAGGUGGAUGACUCCUAUCAAGAAGUCACAACCCUCAGCCCAUGAAGCAUUUGUUGGCACUUGGAAGCCCACCAAGAAUGAUACGGAGUCCAAGCGGUUUCCUGGAUUUGGCACAACAAUGAAUGUUUUAUAUGGGGAUGGAGUUUGUGGCCAGGGUGACAUUGACGCCAUGAACAACAUCGUUUCCCAUUACCAGUAUUACCUUGACCUUAUGGGUGUUGGUCGUGAGGAAGCAGGUCCUCAUGAAGUACUAACUUGUGCUGAGCAGCUUGCAUUUAAUCCGAUUACCCAAGCAUCUUCUUGAACUCUAAGUGGUGCGAGAGCCUACAUUAUCACACCCAUCCCUUAUGUUUCAGAUAAAAAAUGUUACAGUCAAAAUCAAAAUCAAUUUCCUAGCCUAGCCAGGACCUUUCUCCCCAAGAUGAACUAUCAAUAAAUGAAGAUGUCCAAGCUAGAUGUUAAUAUGAUUAUUUGGAGUGUAGAUGUGUGAAGCUACAAAUGGGUGAGAAUACACGACAUGGUACUUAUUUGUUGUUAUAGUUUGUUGCUGCUAUAUGCAUUUUAUUUUUAUUCUUUUACAAGGUCGAAAUGUGUGAUCAUGUAAUUUAUAAAAUGUAAUAUAUGAACCAAUUUCCUGUC